AUGCUGAUCAACACAAUCCUCGUUGGUGCACUCGCUGCCGUGGCUCAUGCCGCCCAGGGCACCUUGCAACAGAUGACUGGAGACUUCGGGCCUAACCCGACAAACACGUUCAUGUUUUUCUACAAGCCGGCGCAGUUGGCCAAUCCGCCCUCGCUUCUGGUCGCGAUGCAUUUCUGCACAGGCACGGCAGAGGCUUACUUUACGGGAACGCAGUAUGCGGAUCUGGCAGACCAGCUGGGGUUCAUUGUCAUCUAUCCGCAGUCACCCGACGGUUCCGGCGGGUGCUGGGACGUCCAUACGAACGCAACGCUGACGCACAAUGCCGGAGGCGACUCGCUCGGGAUCGCGUCUAUGACCCGGUUCGCGAUCGACAACUGGGGCGUGGACGCCAACCGAGUGUUUGCGACGGGAACAAGCUCGGGAGCCAUGAUGACCAGCGUGCUGAUGGGCGCGUACCCGGACCUGUUCAAAGGCGGCGCUGGAUUCUCAGGAGUCGCAUUCGGGUGCUUCGAGGGUCCAGACGCGUGGAACGAGCAGUGCGCUCUAGGAGAGCGGAUCAUGACGCCGCAGCAAUGGGGUGAUCUCGUCCGUAGCGGCUUCCCGGGCUUCGCCGGCCAGCGCCCGAAGGUGCAGGUCUGGCACGGCACAGCGGAUACUACGUUGUUCCCGCAGAACUUCUUCGAGGAGAUCAAGCAGUGGACGAACGUCUUCGGCUAUUCGGCGACGCCGAUCUCGAAUAUCACCAACGAUCCGCAGGCGGGGUACUCUUUUGCGACGUUCGGUCCGAACUUCGAGGCGAUUUUGGCGCAGGGUGUAGGGCACACCGUACCAGAGCAUGCGGAGAACGUCUUGGAGUUUUUCGGACUUAGCUAG